AUGACCCAACCAUUUGGCAAAGGGAGUUGGAUGGAAAUUGAGCUCACCGAGACGGUGUCUGAGUGGUUCAAGAGUCCCAGAGAUAAUUAUGGGUUCUUGGUCAACGCCACUGUCAACGGAAAGAAGAUUGCUGUGACGGAUGUCACUGUUGAUAAAGGGAAGAAGGUUCCCUUCGUCGAAAUAUCGACUACAGAAUCAAAACGCCGUAUACGACGGCAAAUAGCAUUUGACUGUGAUGAAAAAAUGGACCAAUCGUACUGCUGCCGAUACCCUCUGAUGGUGGACUUUGAAGUAAUCGGAUUUGAUUUUAUAAUUGCGCCAAAACGAUACAACGCGCACAUGUGCCACGGAGAGUGUCCAUUCCUGGCCAUGCAGAAGCAUGUUCACACCCACCUGACCCAGAUGACAAUGUCCAAUAGCAUGCCCCCGUGUUGCACCCCACGCAAGAUGAGCGGCAUCACGAUGCUUUACUUUGACAACCAGCUAAAUGUCGUGUACGGAGCUCUACCAGGCAUGGUGGUGGAUAGAUGCGGUUGCAUGUAGAGCUACUGGUGAUGCUGCAGUAGAUGCAGUCCAAGGAGAGCGGAAGGUUGGUACAGAGGAGAAUUUGUGCUGUGAAACAAGUGCCGGAACCGUCCCCGAAUGCUGACGAAAGGUGACAGUGAAGUGGUAACGGUUACUGGUUGCGGAUAAGACGGGAAAAAGCUGGAGGAAGGGUCAGAUGAAGUAAGAAGUUUAAAAUGAAUCCUUCCAAAGUGAUAAAAUAGAUAAGAAUAAAGGCUUAUGUUGAGAUGAGAUAAUAUGGAAAAAGAUAUCAUGGUAAAAUCAAACAUGCCAGUUGAAUGAUUCCUUCAUAUAGCAUAUAGUACGAAGUGCCUCCUACUAAGCUAUUCUUUCACAACAGAAAAAUAAGUAUACAUAUUACGUACACAGAAUUUUACAAAAAACAGAAAAUGUAACAAAGCGCGAAAAAAGGGGAAACAUUUGAAAAGUAAAAAGCGUGAAUUGAUCUAGUGGUGGGUGUAAGUUUUAUUGAAAAAAUACAUGUAUGCUAAGGUUAGUUUCUAAGUUGAUCUCAUUUCUAUAUUCAAGGGUGAUCUAGGUUAUAAUUUCCAAACUUUAAAGCAAGAUAUAAUUUUUGUGAUGACCCCACAAUAUACGCGUAACAUUCGAAAAUUUAAUGACUUUUGGGUAUCUGGUGACAAUUACUAUGAAAUGGAAGUGAAUAAACGGAUUCAUCAUCUGUACUCCAGCUUUUUCCUCUUAUCAAAGACUAAGAAAAUAUGAAGGUUGACUAGUAUUCUAAAUUAAUGAGCACUCGGAAAUAGUGUCAUUCAAGCGCUUAUGAUGUAAUUUAUUAUUUCAUAGUUUUGUCAUCUAAAAGUGCGCUCUCAAUCAGUCAUGUUUAGUGACAUCUUUUUUUAAUCUAAUGCAGAGCUCAAAAUUGACAUCCUAAAUACUUCCUAAGUAUUUACUGCAUGCAUUUAUUAACGACUAACGAAACUUGGACUGGAAGAAGGGAAAACCCAUCUUUUAGUGUGAACCUGUGUCGCGGGCUCGAAAUCGGGCAUUUAUGUUAUGUGGUUUUGAGCUCUGAAUUGUAGGUGUUUUAUAAUUUCCAUUGAUAUCCUUUUCACGAUUGUUUUUUCGAUAAAAACUUCGUUUUUCUAUAAACGAUAUUUUUUAUCAAAAGGUUAUCUUGAAAAAAGGUAUAACUACGUGCGAAUUGUGCAUCAACAAUGUCAGUAUCGGUACAUAAUUUAUUGUGAUACAAUUUUAUUUUGUCAGGAUUCUUUAUUCUCGAAAUAUGACUGAGAAUAGGUGUAGUCGUUAUAUUAAUAGAGUAUAAUGCAUAUUUUGUAAGCUGUUGAGUUUUUCAGGGUCGAUAUAAAGUUAGGUGUACUUUUGCUGGUUAUCAGAACUAAAGGUGCAUUCCUACAUAAUCAAUUUGGUUGAUUGAACUCACGAAACUUAUCCUGUGAUUGCCUUUCAGAAGAAUCUCCAUACUCCAAUAAAUAAAUCACAGAUGUUGAAGAAACUGCUUUACCACCAACAUUUUUGAAAGUACUGCGACCAUUAUUGUGCAUACUGCAUGUUGAAAUUUUCAGGCUCUCUCAAGCACCUUUAGUUUGUCGGACACCUUAUUAUGAAAACGUGAUAUAAAGAUCUCGGGUAAAGACUAAAAUAUAACAUUUUUUCGGAUAAAACCUUUCGAAUAAAGAAUCCUAAAUUCGAUCGAACUCUUGCCUGAUUUAAUGUGAAGUAUUUAUAUAUAAAUUGUAUGUUCAAAAGUAUUAAUAAGAUCGAGAAGCCGAAAAACGUAAAGCAUAAAUGCUUUAGAAAUUUAUCCUCCAGGCAGCUUUAGUCUUUUUGGCAAGACAUGGACCUACUUACAGUGUAUAUAAUUUUGUAUAAAUAUAUGUGAUAUGUUUAGAGGUAAGUGAAUAAUUGUAUUUAUUUUUGUAAAUUUUAAAUAUUACAUAUAAAUUAUCCAAAUCUGUUGGUUAACGAUGUAUGUUGUAUUUUCCUAUCUUUUAACAUUGAAUUAGGUGAGAGCAAGGAAAUUUAGUUUUAAAUAAUAUAAUUCCGAUACAAAUAGAGCAGCCACACUUAUUGGAACUAUAGAUCAUGCUCGUCCCCCAGAUAGUUGUAAACUCGACAACACAUUUUGACAGCUGUCAAAUUAAGGUAUUUCACCAGUAACAUUCCGUCCAACACCUCACGUUCAACGAAAUUAUUGUGCGAGGGGUCCUCCUGUAAAUUUACCCUUCUUCUAACUUUUUUGUACGACCUUCUGGAAUGCCUUGAUUUUACUAGAAAAGUGCUACCGAAUAAAGUAGUACUUUUUCAAAUAGAAAAAUUUAUAUUUUUAAUGAAAGUCCCUUUUGUUCAUAUUCCAAAUAUACAUAAAUUGUUAUACAGUGGCCUUCAGAAAGAACCCAUGUUUUUUUAAUGAGUAGUACAGUCAAAAUAAGUAUGGGAAAAAAUAUUAUAUUAUAUCAAAAUACUCAUAAAUACAUGCCAUUUUUUAAGUAAAACAAAAUUUACGUUCUAAAAACUAUGUCGGUCAUAUGCCGAAAUCCAGGAAUCAAGCCUCUCCCGAAAUGAGCCCAUUGCGUCGGCCAGCAUCCGUGCAGGAAUUUGGGAUCGACGAGGGUCCGAGGCUUACUUUAGUAAACUUUUGAUUCCAGGUAGCUCCAUAAAAAAAAUCACACGUUGACAGGUCCGGUGAGCGAGGGGGGCAUGGAAUAUCGCCAUGACGUUAAAUGAUAUGUCCUGGGAAUUUUUGCCGAAGAAGUUCCAUCGAAGUGCGAGCUGUGUGAGAUGUUGCCCGUCUUGUUGGAACCACACUGUUCUGAGACGGACACGGAAAAAAAAGUUGUUCAGCAUGUGGAUGUAACGCUCUGAAUUCACAGUAGUUGUUUAUCCAUCAUCCUCAAAAAAAUAAGGGCCAAUAAUCAUCGUUUGGCUUACUGCACACCAAACUGUAACUUUCGGGGUAUGCAAGGGGUGCUCAUGCAACUGUUUGGGGUUCACUGGAGACCAAUAUCGACAAUUUCGUUUAUUGAUGUAUCCAUGUAAAUGAAAAUGUGCUUCAUCACUCAUAAACAACGUCAUGUCAUUGUUAUUCAGCUGUUCAAUCAUGAGCUGUGCAAAAUUAACACGUUGUGCAUAAUCCCCUGGCAACAGUUGUUGUCAAACUUGGAUUUUGUAAGGAUGGAACACUAACUCCUUCUUCAAGAUUACAGAGGACGCAUGAAUCCCUAGGGAACUUGCACGCAAACGGACAGAAGGAUUUAAGAUUUGCAGCGUGUCAACUCUCACUCUGUCUACAUUUUCGGGGUUCUAACGGAACGGUUUCGCCCUGGAGGUUUUCUCUUCAUCACAUUACCACGACGUGGAACACGAAAGUGAACGCGAAACUCACGUUGCAUCCGAACGACAGACUCGCCAUUUUUAAGGUACCGACGUACAGUGAACACACGAUGUUCAACGUUCCAAACCAUAUCUUUAAUUGAAACCGCACUUCUCUCACUAUCCAACACGCCCUUCCCCACCGAAACGGGACCAGCCCACUUCUUUCUGACGGACCCUGUACCUAUUUUUACUACUUUAUUCAAAAACCUGAAUUUUAUGUUUCCUUUAAUCAUAUGUAAACCAUUUUGAACUCAAACCCAAACUAACGAAAAUAAGGGUACCUGUAAACAAUAUGUAGUGCUUUUCAAAAAGGUACCAUGUCGACUAUUUUUUUAAUUGAUCAAGCUAGCAAAGCUAAGAUUCAGUAUCAUGAAUUGGUUCAUCAAUAUUAUAUUUUUGUGGGGAUUGUAAGUUGGGGGAGGGGGGGGGGGUGAGGUAUUGUAAAUCUGAAUUAUUCAGCCCUAAUAUAUUUAUUCGCCUCCAACUCCAGUAACUCUACGCACCUUUCAGGCACAUCUCACAUAUCAUAGGUUUCCUCGUACAUUUGCCCUAAAAAUGGGGAUGAGACAGAAAUAUUUGAAAUACACGUAUCUGCUUCAUGAUCUGAUAUAUGUCUGAAUCGUGUUUGACAUAUGGAGAUGGGUGGCUGGGAAAAGGCGGAGUAAGUCAUGGCAACGUUGCCAGAUGGUUAAUAAUGUCGGUAGGAUAGAAGAGCAACUUCUAGAUCGCAACGUGCUGAAUAGUUGGGUAUUAUGGACUAAUUGCGUAGACCUAAUUGACUGACUUAAUCGAUUUAUUUUUUAGUUAUACAUGUACGUAGAUAACUGUUUUACCAGAGGGGCUAACUUGUGUCACUUAUGAUUUGAUAACAGCAGUGCGUAGGAAUCGCAAUCAUCCUACUUGACGCUAUUUUUUCCAAACGGUCAUACAGAAAAAUUAGAAGGGUACUUGAUUUAUGGCGAAUCACGCUGUAUACAAAUUUGAAAAUUACAAAGUAUCAAAAAAUAGUAUAAUGCGUGGUUGUCAGUUGCUCUAAUUCCUCAUUGUAUGGAGAAUAUACAUUGUCAAUUGAUCUGCAUACAGUGUUCAGCCAGAAGUAAUAGUCCAGUAGUUACUAUGGUAAGAUCUCAACAUACAUCCGUUUUCCACGAAAGUAUUAAAUUUUACUGUUGUCGAUCUAAGAGCAAAUAGGUUCUCAUGGAAGGCCUUGCGUAGAUGGAAUUGGUUAAGAAACGAAAUGCAUUCUAGCAAAAUGCUUCCUAUAAAUAAGAUUGAAUCUCAAAGGAAGAAUUAUGGCGAGCAAAAACAUAUUUGGGAAAAAAUUGUGGCUUAGAACGUUCAUUUUGUGAUAAAAUGCCUUAGGAAAUUAUAUUUUUGGAUACAUUUUGCCGGUAGGUUAUUGUGCUGAGAAUGGUGGAGCAUAUGGUCCAAUUUCAUACAAUACACAAAGUUUCAGCUCUUUCCGUCAUAGAAAAGUGAAGAUUUUUCGCGGAUAUACAUUUUACUUCAAUAACAAUAAUUAAAGUUAAACAUUACACAGUUCCUAAGAUUGUAAAAUAUCUGUUUCACUGACUACUAUUAAUUUUUUUUUAACUCAUUGGCUCAACAUAAUCAAAAACAUAUGUAUUGGAUUAAUCUGAAAUGAUUUUUAGUCUCGCUUCACCACCCUCCUCACAUUAAAGGAAACGAUGAGUUUAAGAGGCAAUUUUUGUACAUAGGCUGUAGUUUUAGAUUAUUUCAUAACAAUAUAUAGAUCUCGUGAGCAAAAAUAUGUUAUUUGGGUGUUUGACAAUACAAAGUACAUCCUCACAGAUAUUCACAAUUUUAUCAUUUUAAAAAGUAACACGCGUGUGCCUUGUAGUUUGUUAAGUCAAUUCUGUAAGUCCCGCCGAAUCGAAUAUUUUUUAGGAAUAUUUUUUGUGGAGCAUUGAGCGGGAGCGAUCGUGUAGAAAAAUACUCCGAUAUUAGAUCUCUUCGAAAUGCUGUUAAGCAGAGUAACUUUAAAAUUAGAAUACCUAGUUCAUUUGGAAUUUUUAUUAGAUCGUCCUACCUAGAAUGAAAGUCGAUGUACUUUAAGAGUAUUCCCUUAUGCCCUGAAACGACGUGUUGCUUGACAUGAAGUGAACGUUUUAUUAAUUUUUGUGACAUAAUUACUGUAAUUAAACGUAAAUAAUAUGUACAUAUACGUAUGUAGAAUCGCGAUGUUCAAACCAGAAAUAACUAUUUUACAACUAAUAUUUAGUUCUGUUAUUGAUCUUUUUUUUUGUUCUGAAUAUUGCCGUUUUUGCUUUUUGUAUGUACAUUAGAGAUGUAGUGAUAGAUUUGCUAAAAUAAAGUGAUGGAAU